AUGAGAAGCAGUAGGAUCACUCUUGUUCCUGGCUACGGUCACACGACCAGAUAUAGCGUUCGCAGUAAACGCUGCACCAUAGAAUUAGGAAUAGUCUAUGAACAACAAUUAGCAUCUAAGUUCAAAUUAACAGGGUAUUCUGAUUCAGAUUUUGCAAAUGAUCUUACUACGAGAAGAUCUACAACAGAGUAUGUGAUUACUCUAGUUGGAGGGCCAAUAACUUGGUCAUCUCAUAGACAAAAGAUAGUGACACAAAAUACAACCGAGGCUGAGUAUGUUGCUGCCGCUGCAGCCAUUGUUUGGCUAAGAUACUUAUUAAAUGAUAUGGAAUAUCACUGUGUUGGACCAAUAAAACAAUAA